AUGGCUGUCUCCAUUCUACGGCUGGCAGUUGUCCUGGGAGUGCUUGCCCUAAUCCUGACUUGCUAUGCAGAUGACAAACCAAGCGACAGUGAAAACACGGAUGAGAAAUCAGAAAACAAGCCAGAUGAACCCGGCAAAAAACCAGAAACAGAGUUCCCCAAAUUCCUGAGCCUCCUGGGCUCAGAGAUCAUUGAGAAAGCGGUGGACUUCAUUCUGGGCACCAUGGCCAGGGGAUCAAGUUUUAUGGAACUUGAUGAUAACCCAAAAGAUCCAUCUUCAAAAUAGCAUCCUAAGGGCACACCCACCUGGCAGCUGGAGAUGGCAGUGCAGCCGGAUCCUGCUCUUCCAGAUCUGCUUCAUAUGUCAUCUGGGACAGGGACCUCAAUGCAGCUCCCAGCAAAGUCUUUGGAAUCAGCCCCCGGCCUUCACCAAACAUCACUCAUUUUGAGAUCCUUAACUUUGCAUUUCUGUUUCUGCGAAGUCAGAAAAAAAGAAGUGCCAUCUUUAGAGUUCCAAACCUGAGUUCACAGAGAUUUUUG